AUGGCGACUAUAGCACAAUCAAACCCGCACCACCGCAAAAUCGAACUGCAGUCCCCACUCGACCUCACCCACCUACGGGAUCAACUCACAACCUCUGCGCGACAAAAGCUCGACCUGCACUUCCCACCUGCCGCUCUUCGCUCCAAGCCCGCCACACACAUCACACUCGGCGGCUCCGAAGCAAAUCAACCGCCCACAACCACUACAUCCACAACAAGUACAGAUGAAGAGACCGAUCCUCUGCGCCAACACGUCCAAGCCCUGACCACCGCCUUCCUCGAACGUACCUGGACCGCUGCCGCAAAGUCCAUCACCAUCAACGGCCUCGACGCGCACACUCUCCCACAAUUCACAAAUGCGACAGACUCUACGCUAUCAUCAAGACAGCCUCAAGAGCAGCAACAACAACCAGAGCACACAGAGAUCGAAGGCAUCCACUACACGCUCUCCCCCUACGACUCACGGCUACAAACUCGCCUCGCGACCCUCUACGGCGAGCUUGAGUCACUCACGGCGCAAGUCAGCAAACUGCGCCGCGAGGCGCCUGGACGGAGUGCGGUGCAGUUGCGAGAAUCGUUGGGUGGGGAGAUUGAGGCUGAGGAGAGGGAUCAUGAAGCUGCGAUGGUGGCUGUCAAACAAGAGCGAGAGGAUGAGAUGGACGGAGUCCAACAAACCCUGUGGAACCUAAGCGGGAGGAGGGACGGAUGGUACGAGGACGUGAAGAGCGGGUACGAGGAUGCGGUUGGUCAGUUGGCGCGGUUAAGUGGGCACCAAGUUGGUCCUCAGAAUCUAGAUGGUGGUGUUGCUGCUCCGUCUGCGAUGCCCGGGGGAUCGGGGGUUGGAGGUGGAGGAUUGACAGGAUGUGUGGGGAAGGUACAGCGUGCUAUGACCGUGGCGCAGGAGUUGGAGUGA